AAAUGAGUAAAGCUGAGGAUAGUUCAAAUAAUUUUUUUGUAAUAGAGCGUAAUCUAUUAUAUAAAUGAUAUAGCAAUUGAGAUGAGUAGUGAGAGUGAACCUGAAGAGUUAGAAGAUUUGGAUGAUUUAAAUGAUAUAAAACAUGAAGAAGAUAAUCUAAAUGAUUUGGAUUAGAUGAUAACUGAUGUUAAAAGUAAAGAUACAUUAUUCAUUAAUUCAUUAGAAGAAGGAGAUUAAAUGCCUAAGUCUAAUCCAAUAAAGACAGAUAAGCCAAAACCACCAGGGAUUGUAGAGAGAAUGGAAGUUGUGGAUGACUUUAUUCGUAACUUCCUAAUUAAGAAUCAAAUGAAUAGAAGUCUUGAAGUGUUUCAGGUAUUAAUUAUUUUGAUUUUCUUUAGCAAGAAUGGUAUGAGCUAUCAUAGAAAGGCAAAUUGGCUACAGAUGGUAUGGGUGAAGUACCAGAUGUUUAUAUAUAAAAUGAAAAACUUAAAGAAGAACUUAAGUAUUUAAGAGGAGAGUUGGAUAAGGCUAAGAUUGUGGCAGAGAAUGCAAAAUCUACAUAUGAUAAACUGAGAAAGGAGAGAGAUUUCCAUAAGAUGCAUCAUCAUAGAGUCUAAUAAGAAAAAAGAAAAUUAAAUCAUGAUAUUGAUAAAUUAAAAGGAUUACAUUUACAAUAUGAAACCAAAUAUGAAGAGUUGUCACAAAAAUAUUCACAUGCUAUGAAAGAAAAGAUGUUACUUAAAUUAGAAAGAGAUCGAUUAGUGGCUAAAAAUGAUGCACUUCAAAGAAGUUUACAAAAUGUUUAAUUUAUACAUAAUAUAAAAGGUUGAAGAGAAAAUAAAUAAAGAGAAAGAACCUGGAAGUCCAACUGAUAAACUUCCUUUGGUUGAUACUAAAGCUAAUACUAAGAAAGCCUAAACUAAAAAUAACACUCCUUUUCCUCCAGAUGAUAGACCUAAUCCUUAUGCAGGUACAUAAAUAGAACCUCAGAAUUACAGAAAUGCAAUUUUGAAUAAAACUUAUAAAGGACAUAUGAUGGCAAUUUCAUCAAUGGAUAUGCAUCCUAAGAAAUCGAUUGUUGCAACUGCGUCAGAUGAUUUUACAUGGAAGAUAUGGACACUUCCAUAAGGUGAAUUAAUAAUGUCUGGAGAAGGUCAUAAAGAUUGGGUCAGUGGAAUUCAUUUUCAUCCAAAAGGAAGUCAUUUAGUAACAUCAUCAGGUGAUUGUACUAUAAAGGUAUGGGAUUUCAUUAAUGCAUCUUGUAAUCAUACAUUUAAAGAUCAUAUUCAACCUGUAUGGGGUGUAAAGUUUAAUGAUACUGGUGAAUUUAUUGUGAGUGCUAGUAUGGAUCAUACUUGUAAAGUAUUUGAUUUAGCAUCUGGUAAGACUAGACAUACAUUUAGAGGACAUGUAUUUAUUAUAUAAUAUAAUAAAGGUUGAUUCUGUUAAUCAUGUGAGUUUCUAACCAUUUUCUAAUGUCUUUACAUCUGCAUCUGCUGAUAAAACUAUUUCAUUAUGGGAUAUUAGAAGUGGAUUAUGUGUUUAAACAUUUUAUGGCCAUUUAAAUAGUGUUAAUCAUGCUACAUUUUCAUUAAAGGGAGAUAGUAUAGCAAGUUGUGAUGCUGAUGGAAUUAUUAAAAUGUGGGAUGUUAGAAUGGUUAAAGGAAGAUCAUAAUUUGAUGCUGGUCCAUAUUCUGCUAAUUCUAUUGCUCUAGAUAAAAGUGGUACCAUUCUUCUUGUUGGUUCUGAUGAUCAAUAAAUCAGACUUUAUAAUGAAACAACCUAAAAAGUAUCAUCUAUUCAUUCUAUAUUUUAGCAAGAACAUACUUUGAAAGGACAUGAAGAUGCUGUCUAAGAUGUUGCUUUUGAUUAUAAUAGUAAAAUGAUUAUCAGUUGUGGCUCAGAUGCUACUUUUAGAAUUUAUUAAUGAUUUAAUAUUUUAUUGGCAACAUGUAUAUUAUCAUCC